AGUCAAUGGUACCAUCUUGGGACUGGAAGAGUUUCUCUGCCUGGAAGACAGCUUCAUCCUGUUCUCAUUACAGAUAGUGGCCAAUCUAUCUGGUUGCAAGGCUGUGAACUCUGAGGCCCUGUUGUCCUGCCUAAGAGGCAAGAGUGAAGCAGAGAUUCUGGAGAUUAAUAAGGUCUUCAAGAUCAUCCCUGCUGUGGUGGAUGGAGAGUUCCUACCCAAGCAUCCUCAGGAGCUGCUGGCCUCUGCUGAUUUUCACCGUAUCCCCAGCAUCAUUGGUGUCAACAAUGAUGAGUAUGGUUGGAUUCUUCCUACGAUCAUGGACUCAGAUCAAAAAAUAGAAGAAAUAACCAGAAAGACCCUGCCAGAUAUUCUAAAGAGCACAGCCCUAAAAAUG